AUGGCUCCCGAAUCGCCUUCUCCCAAAUCUGCACGCAAGUCAAAUACCGAGAAUGGCGCACCGCCCAGCUCGUCGUCCUCAUCGCCCGCCCUGAACAGGCACCACGAUGGCAGCACUUCGUCCGGACGCCGUCCGAUGAUCGACUCAUACCGACCACAACGCGAGCCGCACCGCGCUUCUCCGUCUCUUGGCCCUAGGCCUUUCGAUAACUCUGAACGUCCUGCACUUGACUCGUACAGGUCAACUUCCUCGCGCAUGGGUGGCUACGGUCCAUCCAAGCGCAAGACGCAAGACUCGCCCUCAAGAUCCUCCGACAGUGAGCCCAGCAGAAAGAAGCAGUACACAGGCAGAGAGACCAGGGAGACGAGUCCGCUCCCAGACCGCCUCCCGAGAUAUUCGCCCUCUUCCCCCACCGCUUCUCGCUCCAGACACGCGCAAGAUGUGAGCUACCACAACGAAGCAUACGCCGAUGCCGCGCGCGGCAGGAGGGCUUCAGAACCGUCUCUCGCCGACACCUACCGUCGCCAUCGACUCCGAAGCUUCCGCCCGAGAACGCCGUCGCCCACCAGAGUCACUGAAAGAAGCUUCCUGCCAGAGCGCCGUCGCGCCUACGACGACGGAACCGCCAGCCCGCAGCAGCCCCGUCGGUUCUCGCACCACUACCACUCCAGCCCUCGCAAGCGCUCGCCUCCUCCCCGCCGCCCAUUCUCGCCGUCUGAGCCGGAGGCAGCGUCGUCGUCCAACUCCCCCGCCGCUCACAGCGACCCCGUCGUCCGCCGCGGAAGCGGUAGUGCCGUUGCCAACCCGAAACACCUCAACCCAAGCGAGUGCACCUCCGGCCGCUUCAUCUGGGUCAAGCGGCUGCCAGGCGCCAACCCGGCGGCAGCGGCCGCCAGCAUCGGACAGGGUUGGCGCUGCCACCCGGGCGUCAUCGUCGACGAGGACGGCGCAGACCACGCGUACGUCGCGACGACGACCAGCUGGAAGGAUUUCCGCGGCCUGCACAACAAGUUCAGCGGCGUCGCGCACGGGGACCGCCGGCUGGAGUUCGAGCGCUCCUUCUGCCUCGUCGUCGCCAACGCUGCUGUCUCCGCGAAGCGUCUGGCGAGCAACCCGGAGCACAUACCUGUCGUGCGCAUCGAGGGCGCGGAGGUGUUUGAGCAGGAGACGUAUAUUGAUGGCCGGGCGGUGCGGAGGGUGAGGAAGGAUGAGCUGUGCAAGUACAUUAAGAAGGGGACGACGGAGGAGGCGUUCGUGACGGCCGAGUCGAUGGAGGAGAUGAAGGCGCAUUUUCGCUACUUGGCGCGCGUGGGGAACUCGGUUUGGGACGUAAAUGACGUGCGGGACUUGGAGGCGUGGGCCAGGUUCGAUGCGGCGAAGGAGCGGCGGAAGAGGAAGCAGCAGCGAAAGGAGGAGAAGGAGGAGGGCGAGAUUUCGGAUCGGGAGAGGCGGUAG